CGACCAAUCGCGUAACGUUGGCGGGGGUUGAGCCAUAAAUGUCGCGUGGCGAGCCACGGAAACUCGCCGACAGGUCGGCGCCACCGUACCGACGCUCGGUAUACUAGUCUACAUUUUUGGCGGCAGCCGCCCAGUCUAAGGUCCAAUCCCCGAACCGAACGGUCGUCCGAAAUACUUAGCUUGCCGGGAGAAAGAAAAGAAAACGAGAACAAGUUGACUUUGUUCGAGGAUUUUAAACGAUCGCGCGACGACUUAUUUCGUUGGUUCGAGAGAGAAAGAGACAAAGAUCUGGACGUUAAGGGUGGGAAAGAGAUAGAUAAAUCCGAACGAGUGUGGUUAGCAGUUCAGUAGAGCGGCAAAAUGGACGCGCGCUUUAGAAGCAAUCUCGACAUGAUCGGGCGCAACGAGCCCAUCACAAGGAAGGCCAAAUUCUGGCAGAGUUAUGUUCGAGCCUUAAAAGGCACCGACGAUAUGAGAGCCCCUGAACACACGCACAGACCUCGCAGCAUUUUCCGCUCAGAUUAUCCUGAGCUAUCCACCUCGUGGCCAUUUGGAAAGUCUAUCUUUGAAACCCCCAUCCAUGCGGCUGAUCGCAUCAACGUUCCUGGAUACAGGUACCUGCCCGUCCACCGUGAGAUCUACGGUUACACACCGAGGCAGAUCUACCCGCAUCAAUACAAACCUGUAGAACGCUUCAUCCCCGCGAAACCGUUCGACCCUGAGAAAGCUUGGGCCGAUCAUCUGAACCGCUUGGCAGACAUCGACAGGCUGUAUCCGAGCAAAUCGCCUUUGUUGGCUCGGCAUAUUAGCCCUCCUCUCAGUACGAAACGAUUGUUCGAUAUCCACGGUAACUUGGUGACCGAUUACGAUUACUUACCAUCCUUCCCCUCGUUGUUACGCAAGAAGCCUUUGUUCGAUCUUCUUGAGCCAUCACCAAUGGCACCGAUCAGUGCCUUCACCAGAGACCCAUGGUGGUACCCAAGCUUUGCUCCCUAUAUUCCCAACUAUGCUGCGAGAGUUACCCCGUUUUAUCUGAGGGACAGUUACCUCAGUCCUGUUAAACGUAGCUAUCUGUGGAGCCGACAUCCAAUCAGGCCUUUCGGAGACUUAUACUACUAUUAUUCGAAGCCAGUUCCACGAUUUCACUUUACCAGCCCGUGGUAUAAUAAACGUACCACACAUUAAGAAACAAACUCACGUCUACUGAUGACUGUGCCGCCCCGCAUGGAACGCGUGAUACGAAAAUAAACGAUGGAAAAAGCCAAAUAAAGUCUUGAAAAAAGUUAACAAAAAAAAAAAA